AUGAGAUGCCCUAUGAAAGGCUGCUUCCAUGUUUUCGCCUCUCUCUCUGCGCUCGCUCUCCACCUCGACGCGCAGAAGUGCCCCGGCGGUGUUACGCGCGAACAGAUCGACCGGUACAUCAUUCAGCACGACCUUCGGGGCCUCAUCAGCAAUCGCGGCCGCAUGAUCACAAGGGGCACCCUGAACGCCUCGUACAAGCCCCCCGCUAUAUAUAAAGCAACCGAGCUGGCAUGGAACGGAUCCGCAUACCAAUGUUACUUCUGCCCUAUCACCUUCCGGACGCUGGGGGAACUGGAUUGGCACCUCGCCUCGCCCAAGCAUAGCAACGGGACCGUCAACGGUGGCAAGAUCUACCGAUGCCCGAAUACCGGAAACUGUGGUAAGCAGUUCAGCACGCUGAGUGGCGCCGUGCAGCACAUUGAGCGUGGUAACUGCGGGAUCCUGAAGAUCAGGGGCGUUAAGGACACCAUGGAAGGGUUGAUCCCGCCAACAGUCGCGUGCUUUGGGCUGGAUUGCUCUUUGAGGUUCAUCGAUUAUUCGGCCCUCGCCCUCCACCUGGACUCCAGCAAAUGUCCCAGCGGCAUCGCUCGUGCAAAGGUCGACCGCUGGCUUCUCAACGACGCAGCGGGCGAAAGUAUCACGAACCAGCGUCUGGAAUUGCCUUACCACCCUCCUUAUCAGUCCCGCCCAGUGACCCGUCACCGCUGGAUCCUAGGCAGCACCAGAUUGAGCUGCGAUCUAUGUCCCAAGACCUUAAAAACCGUCAAUGAAUUGCAGGAGCAUAUCACGUCGUCCAAGCACAACGUCGGGUACCUCGGCGGAGGCCACAAGGUCUAUCGCUGCCCGAACGAGCCGAACUGUGCGAAGACCUUCACCACGUUCAGUGCCACCGUGCAGCAUCUCGAACACAGUCCUUGCAAGGACUUGGGUCUUGGAAUGGUGCAGAACGUUCUCAGGGUUCUGGCAUACUACGAGAAAUCACGAGGGGAAGUACCACAGAACUUUGAGCUGAGACCGGCCUUCGUGUUGUAG